UGGAUAGAGUUUCAUUGCUCAGCAUUUGGGAAAGAGACCUCAACGCCAGGAAAAUGUCGAGCUGAAGCCCCUCAUUUUCCCCUCUUGAACGGCUCUUUGAACAGCGCGAGACUUCAUCAAUAAAUACCAGAAUGCCUCAGCUUGGAUACCUGUUUACCCAGUUUAAUCUCAGCUCCAAAGCUUCAGAAAGUGCCCGAGGCCAGAGCUCACAUCAGACACCAACACUACCUGACUUCAUACAACAUGUCAGGAGACUCACCGGGCUGAGAAAGGAAGAUGUUUACUGCAAUCUGCGUAUCCCCGACCAGUUUAAGACCACCAAAGAUGACAUCAAUAUUGUUAUCCUCACAGGUCAGGGGAUCUUCUGCAUCGAUGUAAAAGCCUGGAGAGGCACAGUGUCUGCUCCCAACCAGAACUGGCAUGUGCAAGUGAAGGAAGAGGACCAAAACUUUACCAAUACCUGCAUUGAGCAGAUUGAAGAUCCCCUCAAAGCUAUCACGACCAAGACGGCUGGCUUAUGUGGCCAUUUGAAGAGGAGUGGAGUGUCUGUGCGGCAAACCCUCUUCUUCCCCAGGGUGAUCUUCCUUUCUCCAGACUGUGAGCUGGACGAGGAGCUGAAGAAGAGGAGGGAGCUGGUCUCCCACAGCCAGAUAGACGACUUCCUCAAAUCUUUCAGGGAGGGCUACAUGGCCUGGAUAUCAGAUGCUCUCACUCCCUCCUGGCUCUCAGGUCAUCUGUCGUACAGGCAGAUGGAGUCAGUGCGGGAGGUCCUGAGGAGGGUGGGGACGUGGGAUGUGGUGCGGCUGCACUGUGGCGAGCAGCUGAAAGGAGACUACCAGGGCUGCCAGUACAUCGCUCUCAACCGCCAGGAGACAGACACGCUCGAGUUUUCAAGAGUCAAGACCCUGUCAGCUGACUCACUGUGGGCCCUGCUGGGACACGUUCCUCAGGUAACAGUUAAAAUGUACAAGCGUGGAUCUCGGGGUUGGCUGGGUCAGUCCCUGAACGCCACCACCACCAUCCCCUCCAACACCUCCGUGAUCUUCAGGAUCAGCGGGGAGGAAGCAGAUGCCAAAAUCCCAGCAAACACCAUUCACAGCAUCACACUCAGCAACUGACAGUGUGUGUCAGUCGAUGAAGAGGAUAGCCAUCACAACAUGGCGCUACAGGAGGAAAGGACGCAUUCUUGAAUUACAAGUAUGCACAUGCAAAAAAACCUCUUAGCUCAAACCUAAAAAAAACAAAAAAACAUUUUUACUGAGUGCCUUUUACUAUGUAGUGUUUGUAUUUUGUUAUAUUGUACUGCAAGUUAAGAAUGUCUUUAAGUGAGCAUAUAUUGUAAAACCAAAAAAAAAAGGAAAGAAAGAAGGCCAAUUACACUCAUUAUGCGAUCAUCAGUGGCAAUAUUAUGUUAAUGAAGAUGGUUUCAGACAAUUAGCCUGAUUAACUUUCCCUUGUUUUGGGUUUCUAGGGUUGGCCCACACUUUGCACCAGCCAUUAAUUAAUCAUUAUACUAGCUGAUUGUGUCACAUCAGUUCAGGAUUGAAGUGUUUAAUGUGUUAAUUGUAGCGGUUUAAAACUGGUGGCCUCUAGUACGAUGAGGGGCAGAGCAUGUUACUGCCUCUGUGGGUUUAAUAGGCAGUGAUUUACGGUCUGUUUAGACGGUGUAACUGUAAGGUGCUUUAUUAAUAUGCUCCACUGCACA